CUCUAUCCCUAAUGACUGAUCAGGGCACCUUGUUAUCUGGAGUGUCUAAACUAAUGUACCAAACUCACAGGAUGAAAAACAAUCGCAUACCUGGAUCGACUGCCAGUUGGUUCACCCGUUUAUAAAUGAAUACAAGACAAACUGAAGAGCAGCGUUGGUUUAUCAGUUCACGUUUUAAUAUGCCUCAUAAAUGAAAACCACGAAGCUUUUGAUGGAUUAUUUUAAGUGUAUACAAACAAACCUCUUAAUGGUGCAAAGGUGUUGUCAGAUGGUUUCAUGAAAUAAAAGUUUUGAAAAGAAGGAUAUACUUAUAAGCACCUUGACUCUAUUCCGCUAUGCAUUAAAUUAUUCUCUCGAGUUUUACUCCAUGUUCAAAUAUGUUCUCAAAUUUUACAUACAUACUGUUACUUGGAUUUAAAAUCAAAUGAAAUAAAAUACUUCUCAGUGUAUACAGGAUAUUUCCGAGCUGCUCGGCCAUGAAAGGAAAUGUCCACAUUAUAGUCGUCGGCAAAGAGAACGUUGGAAAGACAGCGAUCGUUGUUCGUUACCUGACGGGGCGUUACUUGACCGAGUAUGCGCACGCUCCGGAAAUGACGUAUGAACGGACAGUGGUCGUGGACGGGAAGCAGGUUCCUCUCAAGAUCACGGACAUAUCAGGAAAGCAUCUGGAGGCGCGAACCGGAAGUAAGGACUUGUUGGCUAAAGUGGACGGUAUCGUGGUCGUGUACGCGGUUGACGACGCGCACAGCUUCCAGGUUGCCGAGGGUGUCUGUGAUUGGGUCCGCAGGGACCGGAAGUCCGCCACUCAUGCACCCAUUGUGUUGCUAGGCAACAAAGCUGAUCUGGACCACAGCAGGAGUGUCACGUGUCAACAGACAGAGGAGCUGCACUGGCGCCAGGACACGACGUACAUGUCGGCCGAGUGUUCCGCCUCCACCGAGCACGAGGACAUCAACAACGUGUUCACCGCUCUCAUUAGCAAGAUACUUGAGAAACGCGAGACGACCCUCAAGCCCCGACGUCUAUCCCAGAAUCCCUUGGGUUCCCCGAAAAUCAUCCGAGCAACUCUGAAACGCCGGUUCAGUGUUUUCACCAGGGAACGAACAUCUACCAUGUGAUAUUUCUAACAUUUAUUUUGUAUGUAUGUAUUGAUUUUCAUAACUAUAGUUGUUUAACGUUUUGUAUAUGAAAUAAACAAAAUAGUAUUAUUA